AUGACUUAUCAGCCUACAGUUAUAGUAUUAUCAACGUUAGCACUUAUAUUAUUAAUACCACCAUUUGCCUGGCAUUUAAAAUGCAAAAAUGUUUCAGCAAUAAUUUUGAUUUUUUGGCUAUUUAUAAUAAACUUGAAAAGUGUAGUAGAUAUUUCGAUAUGGGGGACUCCUAAUUUUGCAUCUGGAUGGGAGGGUUAUGGUUGGUGUGAUAUAAUGAUUAAAUUUGUUAUUGGUGCGAAUGUUGGAAUCCCGUGUUGUAUUGCUAGAAUAAUUUAUCAACUAACUGAAAUUUUAAAAGCCGACCACCUUUUGCCGGACAAAUCUUCUUGGAAAUAUAUUUGCAAGGAUAUUUUACUCGUUUUGACCAAUUCAAUUAUUUCUAUGGGGUUGUCAUAUUUAGUGCAAGUUUCAAGGUAUGGGAUAGUGGAAUACAGUGGAUGUCAGAACAUUUUAUCUGCUACAUGGGUGACACUUGUUGUAUAUUCUUUGUGGGGAUUUUUAUGGUCUUUUCUUGGUUUUAUACUGGCUUUAAGGUUGAUGUUUAUUUUUCAUAGGAAAAGGAAAGAUGUCAGUGAUAUUUUACACUGUACCAAUUCUGGUUUAAAUUUAGCGAGGUUUGCUAGAUUAUUAAUUUUCUGUCUGGUUAUUAUACUAAUUAUGUUCCCUAUCACUUUGUAUGGCUUUAUUGAAACAUGCUUAACUAUUACUGGUAAGUAUAGCUUUAAAGAAACUCAUUUGAGAGCGACUUGGUUUAUUAUAUAUAAAAUUCCUCAAAGCAAACCGCUUUAUAGUAUUUGGAUUUUCCAAUUAAUGGCCUAUUUAAAUUUUUUAAUUUUUGGAUUGGGUUCAGACGCUAUAAAUUUAUAUCUAAAAUUUUUCUAUUCCAUUGGUUUUAAACCUAUUAUCGAUAAAUAUAGAAGUUGGAAACUUAAUAGAAAAAUGUGGAAAAAACAAAAACUUGUCGGUGAAUUUCUAGCAACCAAUGUUGAGCAACAUUUAGAUAUAAGUAUAUCUGAUAGCCAAGAAAAUAGUGAGCUUUCAUUAGCAAAGAUAUUAAAUGAUUCAAAGUUUACUAGAAAACACUCCGCCUCCACACCUAUAUAUGAUUUAGAAUUGAAUGACGAGAAUUACACUGAAGAACAAGAAACAUUCAUAACGGAUUACACUGUAUCCGACAGAAACGUUACAAAGAGUGAAGUUGACCCCGGUUUUGGGACUUAUGAAUUAAACGAUUUGUUUACAAGAUCAACAACUAAUAAUUGGAGUCGUACAAGCAGUAAUAGUGGUAGUAGCAAUAGUAACAAUGACAAUAACAACUAUAAAGGCGAAAGAUCGAGUAAAGGUUGGCCAUUAACUCAUUUAUAUCGCUUUGGCUCCAAAUCAGGGAAUGAAAAUAUAGAAAUAACAAGUGCCAAUAGCGAAAAUGAUGAUUCUCCUUUAACUGAAAGACGAAUGGCAAAUUUACCUGAGCUUAAUCCAAAACGUGAUAACCAAAUUAACGAAGUCAAUUUCCAUUAUAAGAUCCAAAGAAAAUAA